UUAGGUUGAUCGAGAUAAUUUUUUUUUCCGUAAAUAAAUGGGCAGAGUGUCUUAGAAUAUCGUCAUCCACAUUUUGGCGGGAAAUCGGCAUUCAUUCACCCUGCGUAUGUCCAAAAUCUGAAAACCCUAGAAAAAUCACAUAAUCAUACAAGUAAAAUCAAAUGGAUCCAAUAACUAUGGAAGGAGGUUACAACGGAAGCGAUGAGGAGAAAGAGGACGUUGAGGAAACCAAUAGUCAUCUCAGAGAUCGAUUCCGUCUUUCCACCAUCUCCAUUGCAGAAUCCGAAGCCAAACAAGAUAACAUGGAGAUUUCUCAACCUGUUAUCGUUUGCAUCUCCGAUUUAGCGUUCAAGUAUGCGGAACAGUUGGCAGAGGAUCUUGAGAUGUUUGCACAUCAUGCUGGCCGAAAGUCUGUGAAUAUGAACGAUGUCAUCAUUUCUGCACAUAGAAACACGCAUUUGGCAGAUCUAUUGAGGUCUUUUUCAUACAAUCUAAAAGCAAAAGAGCCUCAAUCUGAGAAAAAGAGGAAGAAGAGUUCCAGCAAGGAAAGCAAAGGUCUCCCUUCGGUGCUCAACCUUGAUCCUUAACUGCUGUAGAUUCUUGAGUAUCAGUAAUUCUUAUAUAGAUAUGCUGCUUUUGUCCUUUCUAGAAGAAAUCGACUCAAAUUAUUUCUUUGUUUUUCAUUCAUGAAUAUACUAGACAUCACACACACUCACAUGCAGUCUUAAGGCCAAGGGUUUUAGCUGCUUUGAACCAAGAAAAGUAAAAACAUGUUGAUCGUUUUCUUCCCAUGCAAGAAAACAAGUUUAGGAGACGGUUUAACAUCAACAUCAAUGGUAGGGUUGAAGUUAUAGAGUUGUCAAUGUAUGCAAUUAAUUUCUAAAAGAAAGUAGUUGAAGAAUUUAGUUGCGCAAUAAUAG